ACGGGGCGGGGGCGGCGCCUGAGGCGGAGGCCGAGGAAGAGGAGGAGGAAGAAGGCUCGCCGUCCGGUUACGCCGCCAUGGCCGCGCUUCGGGGCUUCCUCAGGGCGCAUCCCCUGGGCCGGAGAGCGCCGGUUUCAUUGCUUCACCGGUUUCAGAGUACGCUGGUAAUCGCUGAACAUGCCAACGAGGCCCUGACACCCAUUACUUUGAACGCCGUUACUGCGGCAAAACGACUCGGGGGUGAAGUGGCCUGUUUAGUAGCAGGGACCAAUUGUGAAAAGGUGGCACAAGAGCUGAGCAAAGUGCAGGGAGUUUCGAAGGUGCUUUUCGCCGAACACGACGCCUAUAAAGGACUUCUGGCUGAGGAACUAACCCCACUGAUUUUGGAAACUCAGAAGCAGUUCAGUUUCACGCACAUCUGUGCCGGAGCAACUGCCUUUGGGAAGAACCUCCUUCCCAGAGUGGCAGCUAAGUUGGAUGUUGCUCCCGUCUCAGACAUCAUUGAAAUCAAGUCACCGGAUACUUUUGUGAGGACUAUUUAUGCAGGCAACGCUCUGUGCACCGUGAAAUGUGACGAGAAAAUCAAGGUCCUUACCGUCAGAGGGACUUCCUUUGAGGCUGCCCCAGUGAGCGGGGGCAGCGCAGCCGUAGAAAAAAUAUCAGCCCCUGCACCUGUUGGUCUGUCGGAAUGGAUGGAGCAGAAAUUAACCAAAAGUGACCGGCCAGAACUUACUAGUGCAAAAGUGGUUGUGUCAGGUGGGCGAGGCUUGAAGAGUGGCGAUAACUUUAAGCUGUUGUAUGACCUGGCUGAUCAGUUGCACGCUGCAGUCGGUGCUUCCCGAGCCGCGGUGGAUGCCGGCUUCGUCCCCAAUGACAUGCAAGUUGGACAGACGGGCAAAAUUGUAGCCCCGGAGUUAUAUAUCGCUGUAGGAAUAUCCGGAGCUAUUCAGCAUCUGGCUGGGAUGAAAGACAGUAAGACCAUCGUUGCCAUCAACAAGGACCCUGAAGCGCCCAUAUUCCAAGUUGCAGACUAUGGUAUAGUAGCUGACCUGUUUAAGGUUGUUCCCGAAAUGACGGCAGCAUUAAAAAAAUGAAAGCUAUUCCAUGUAAGGGAAGGGAUGAGCAUCUCUUCAUACAGAGAGAGAGAUUAUUUUUAAGCAGUUUAAAUUAUGUUUUAUCAAACUAGAAAUGUAAAAAUUGCCAAAAAACCCAAAAUGCCAAUGACGAUCUUACAAUGCACCCAUUUCUGCCCUUUUCAUUUGGCUCUGUAAAUUCCUGAACUGUUUUUCUAAUUCUCUAAUAAACAUACACCUGCUGUAUUU